AAAGUCAAAGUGGUAACCUCAGAUGGCAGACUGUUUAUUGGCGUUCUUGAAGGAUUUGAUCAGUCCUCAAAUAUUGUUCUUUCAAAAAGUUUCGAGCGCAUAUUCUCUCCCACUGAACCAACCAAAGACCUAGAUCUCGGAUCAUAUCUCAUACGAGGAGAGCAGAUUGUUUUUGUUGGGAUGCUGGACGACGAAGAAGAAUCACAGACGGAUUACGACAAAAUACAUGGCUUUCAACUCAAAGACACGAAGAAUGCGCUUAGAUAG